AUGCCUGAGAACCGGGAUAAGUUCGUUGUGGUGGGGCUGAAGGGGGCGUCGGUUCGGAAGGAAUUGCGGUUGGAUUCGCCGAUUCUGAGGACUCUGCGAAGAGGCACGGUUGUCUCUGUGUCCGAGGUGCGGCAAAGACGAGCGCACAUCGUAAAGCCGGUAAACGGUUGGGCGAGCCUGAGCACGGAAGACGGGUACGGCAUAAUCGAGCCGACCAAGAGGUGCUCCAGAUACAAGGUGGUCUACAACGACGGCAUCAUCGUCCGAAGUACCGCUAAGAUCGAGACCGGCGAGGUAGUCAAGAUCGUGCAUCCGGGAGAUAUUUUGAAGGCAACCGGCAAGACCCAGAUUCUGGACGGGGUGGAAAGAGUACAGAUCGAUAGCGGGUGGGUCUCCAUGCGUCUUAGAGAAGACAACGGAGUGGGCGCGCGGCUUCUGGCGCCGAUGAAAUGA